AAAACAAGCCCCAGAAAAGAAGCCCAGUCAAAUAGAACCAAAAAAAACAAACAAACAAACAAAAAAAGAACAAAUGGCUAGUUUUCUUCUUCAAGUUCCAAAUAUCCUGAGAAACCCAAUUAGUAUUUCUGCAACAUCAUCCUCAAAUGGGAGUGUUCCAAGUAGUAGUAGUAGUAGUCAUAAAUCAGGAAAAGGAGGUCCAGUUAUUUUAGAAUUACCCCUGGAUCAAAUAAGGAGACCGUUAAUGCGUACAAGAUCCAAUGAUCCUCUUAAAGUCCAACAAUUAAUGGAUAGUAUUUCUCAAAUUGGUCUUCAAGUUCCUAUCGAUGUGCUUGAGGUUGAUGGAGCUUACUAUGGCUUUUCUGGGUGUCAUCGGUUUGAGGCUCAUCAGAAAUUAGGACUGCCAACUAUCCGCUGUAAGAUAAGACGCGGAACUAAAGAAACCUUAAGGCAUCACCUUCGAUGAUUGAUGAGUCCCACUUAUGGAGGAAAUCAUCUGGACUACAUAAAAGGUCAAAUUAAUGGUUUAUGUUGAUAGGUAACACCCUUUUUUCAUUCCAUGUUUGUCUAUAGCAUAAAUAAGAGAACAUGUACAUGUACUUCACUAGAAAAGUUUCUACUAUUGUAUUAAAGGUAAAUAUUUAUAAUAUUUUCCAAAUGUAAAACAUAGUGAAUUAUGUGCUA